GCGCUUUCGUCUCGUCGUCGAGGGGUCGCCCCGUUCGCGUGAGGUACUUUUUUACGGUGGCUCGAAUCGCCUCUCCUCUCACCACUGACCGACCGCAGCACCACUCAGGCACUCACCCUCGGCCGUCUCGGGCUCCGCUCAAUUCCGCUUACUUCUCUCCUCCAGACAGGAAGACAACACUCUCUACGCCCAGGGCUAAAAAGGCGAGCCCUCUUCCCCGUUCACGUUCCGGGAUGGUCUUCGCCGAGAAAAACGCGGACAGCUUGAGGAACGGCAGGGGCUCGAGGGUCCCGACCCCGAACGAUCUCUCUGGGUUGAGCAGCGACGAAGAGUCAGGUGAGAAAAUCAGGGUUGGGAGGGAGUACCAGGCAGUCAUCCCUCAGUUCAUCCCCAUCUCAGAAAGAAAAUUAGACCAGUGCCCUGACCGAGCUCUCCUGGUUUGGUCUCCAGCCACCAACAUACCUGAUCAAAAAUUGGAUAAUUACAUUGCUGUUGCAAAAGAAAAAUAUGGUUACAAUGGAGAGCAGGCCUUAGGGAUGCUUUUCUGGCACAAACAUAUUUUACAAAAUGCACUCGAUGAUCUGCCAAAUUUUACGCCAUUCCCAGAUGAGUGGACAAUUGAGGACAAAGUGCUUUUUGAACAGGCGUUUCAAUUCCAUGGAAAGAGCUUCCAUCGGAUUCGUCAAAUGUUACCAGACAAAUCAGUAUUUACAUUAGUUAAACACUAUUACUCUUGGAAAAAAACAAGAUGUCGCACAAGUCUUAUGGACAAACACGCAAGGAAGUUAUCAGCGAGAGCAAGCCUCACGGAAGAAGGGGGUGGUGUUUCGGAUGGUGGUUCUGAAGUCGGCUCUAACACAGACUCUGACUCCGAGGACAAGAAGUGGAACCGAUACGGGCGAAAAAGUUGUUCACCACCAAGUACAUCUCAAUCCAGUCAAGAAAAUAUACAAGACAAGGAAGGAGCAGACUCGAAGACGCCAUGUAGUAAUUGCGGGGUGUUGUGCACGGUGGCGCAGACGACAUCUAAAGGACCGCUUUGCAAUUCGUGUUACACCCACUGGAGGCGCACGGGCUCAAUAAGGCCGACGGUUGGUCCGGCCAAGCCCAGGGACAGGCAUGCCAAUAGUGUUCUAGCAAGAAGUAAACGCAAGCCACCGAGGGGGAUGUACAUUAACCAUGAUGAUCUUGUCGUCCUUUCCUCAGACUGCCCUCAGCACGGGGAAGUUAUUAUUAAAGCUAUGGAUAGAGAAAUUAUCUCUCUAAAAAGACAAGUCCAAUUCAAUAAACAAGUGCUGUCGGGGUUAAGGGCAAAGACAAGCAAAGGCCUUGGCACAUUGCGUCCCGCUGAUAACAACUCCCGAAUCAACUCAAGGUGGACCAACGACGAAUUGCUACUUGCAGUACAAGGUAUACGAAUGCAUGGGAAAGAUUUUGCCACGAUUGCUGAAGUGAUUGGCACGAAAACUGAGGCCCACGUUAGGUUAUUUUUCGCCAACCAGCGCAAAAGGUAUAAUUUAGAUAAAGUAGUUGCGGAAUAUGAAGCAGAACAUGGGCCUAUUACUGCGGAAGUUAAACCUGAAAAGAUGGAAGUCGGUGGAGACUCCAGUACUCCAUCUGGGAGUGCCCCAUCAUCGCCAGUAUCAAAGCAAAACAACAAAGACAAUGCUGCGAAAAACUAAGACACAUUUUCACCCCAUUGCUUAUUUGUAGUAAAAUAGGUUGGCCGAUUUGGGAAGAUGUUCAAUUCAAGAUGUAUUGUAAAUAGGCGUUGUAAUAAGAAAGCUAUUCAGUUAGCAUUAAAUGAAUUUUAGAAUA